UGCGCCCAUGGAAAGCAUUGCAUUUUGUAAAAUUGUUAACGAACCUAGUUUUCUGUUUGUUGCUGGUGGCCAUGCCGAAGACUCGAUAGUUGUUUCAAACAAAACGAAAUCAUGCAACAUAUAUACGCUAGCAGACCAGAAAUUAGUGAAAAGCUGGUCUCUACGCCAUGGAGUUACAAUUACAAGUCCAGUACAGUGGGAUAAAAAACAACAAAAGUUUAUGUGUGUUGCAAAUUAUAAGGAUGUGCAUACUUGGGACAUAGCAACAAAUGAUUGGGAAAAAUCAAAGAAAAAACAUUCUACUCUGCCCAUACAUGAGCUGAUGGUAGUUGAUAGUGAGGAAGCAGUGAUACUGUACAGUUCUGGGGCUAUAGGUCCCCUCUCGGGCCUCAAACAGCCGCCCAGUCCUGGCCCAGUCACAGGUACAGAUGCCAUAUUGUGGGCCCAGGCUGCACAGCUGGCGGGGAGGGUUACAGUCAUGUAUAUUGCAGGGAAUGAGGGCAACAUGACACUGUAUGUAUACAGCCAGACUGAUGACUCCUGGGAAUGCACAGAGUCCAAGAUUUCCCCACCUAAAGUUGGGGUCAGCCUCUCAACCUGUGAUUGCACUGUUUCAGAAUCUUCUGCUGACAUAAUUCUGCUUUGGUCUGGCGGCCAGCUAACUACAGUCUCAGUGGGGGUCGGAACUAUCACUCAAGGCAGUCUGUCCCACACAGUGCAUGGUUGCCAAGGGGAGGUUGCCAUGGUAACCUUAAAUGACUUUCACAUUGCUGUUGCCGGCGUCCAGAAAGAUGGGAAAUAUGGUAUAUGCAUCAUUGACAUGAAGUAUGGACUCCAGAAAUCCUUCCAACCUUUCGCAGAAAGACCACAGUGUAAACCAAAGUUGGUGCAUGUGGGAGACCGCCUGUUUGUGCCCUGCCAUACGACCCUGUAUGUAUACCAGUACCAGUGUGAGCCCUCAACCCUCGCCAGCCUGCUGGGACAGACUGGGGCCGGGGAACAUACAGACACACACACCGUCCCGGCACACCUACACUGGGAACCCAACAUAAAGCCUCAGAAAGAGCAUGUGACUAAGAAUCCUGACAAAUUACUUGAGAAGUUCCAGAAGGCAAUUAACAAAUCAUCAGACUACCAGCAGUUCAAAAAAGCAUUUUCGUCACUAGUUUUGGACCUUAAGAAAGCAGAGAAUCACCAUUGGUUGAUGAGUAAUCACAUGACCCAGCUGGUGCAGAGGAUUCUGGGAGAAAAGAAAUUCUGGGCAAACCAAGAAUUGGAGCAACUCAUUGCAAAUAACUUUAUUCCAAUCAGUGUUUUGCCUGCGUUAUUUGAGUGUCUGGCGGGAAGGAGUGAAGUAUCGCUUGUGUACCGGGCUCUCAUGUCCCUCAACAAUGUACCAGAGAGGUGCCUCUGUCAGGCUCUCACAUUCUUCCUACAAGUUAAUGAUGAGAAGAUACCUCGUUUUAUAACCUCUGACGCGGGAAAUGGUGUUGAUACAGAGGAUUUGGACAACAAAAUGGACUCUGAACAGAAUGUAGAGAGAAUAGAUGAGAAUGUUGAUGACAGUGAUGAGAAUGAUGUGUCAGAUAAUGAGGAGAGUGAUGAACAUGAGCCGGAGAUAGAUGGGGAGGGAGAUGAGGGGACGGGUGAGCAGGACAGUAUUGUUGUGGCUGACACCAAGUACAAGAGAUGGAGGGCAAAGUACCCCAUCAAGAAAAACAGAACUUACCUGGUGUAUCCUUGAUUGAUAGUAAAUGUU